AUGACAACAUAUUUCGUCAGAAAUUACAAAGAAAUUCUCAAAGCUUGUGGUGGAAUGAACAUUGAGAAACAAAUGAAGAUUUAUACAAAGAGAGAGAACAAAUAUGUAGUUCGUUAUGAUAGAACAACACCACUAUGGGAUGUUAUGAAAACAUUGUGGGAGUGCAAAUAUUUCGAACCUAUUUCUUAUGGAGAACUUUUCACAUAUACGACUGACUUAUAUAAACAGAACCUUGCACCAUUUAAAGAUUUGACAUAUGCUCCAAAGUAUUGUGUACAACUGAAGAAGAAAGCCGAGUCAAAAGAAGUAAAUAAAAAUAAGUGCAAGUUCAUUCCUGAGCACGUUUUCUUUGCUGACUUUGAGUGUAGCACAGACGGCUUUCAUAAAGCUUUUAACAUAUGUUACGACAGUGAAGAUGGUUCAGUGAGUGAAAGCAUUUGGGGUCAGAACUGUGCAACAGAAUUUUUGGAACGACUUCCUGACAAGAGUUUAAUAUAUUUUCAUAACCUCAGUUAUGAUAUAAACUUCAUCUUAAGACACAUGACAGAAGUGAAAGGAACUCCCAUCAUUAAAGGUUCACGAACAAUGCAAAUAACUGGCUUAUAUAAAGGAAGGGCAAUUAUUAUAAAAGACUCUUACAGUGUUAUAAAUAAGAAGCUUAAACUAUUUCCUGCUAUGUUUAACUUACAAACAGGACCGAAAGAAGUAUUUCCAUACAACUACUACAGCAGUGUUUUGUUAGCAAAUGACAACAGAACUGGUGUCAUUUCUGAAGCAUGUAAGUUUAUCCGGGAUGCAGAUACAUUCAUGAAAAACAUAGAUUCCAUCAAAGGUUGCAGAAUAGAUGAGAACCACUUCGACUUAGAAAA